AUGACAGAGUUGAUCAAAGAAGAAUUUAUAAGCGGCCUCGACUCAUUGGAAUGGAUGUCUUCCUUGACCAAAACGAACGCAAGAAUAAAGCGAUACUACACAACAAUUAAAGAUCUUACAGUUGGUGAAUAUCUCUUUGAGAAUACAAAGAACGCUUUAACGUUUGUAGCAGACGAAACAUACGGUUCAUUGGACAAGCCUGUGGAUAGAGACCAAUGGUUCAUGGGCCCAUCCCAAGUAAAUGGCUACUACUCACCCAGGCAAAACCGAAUCGUUUUCCUAGCGGCCAUUCUACAACCACCUUUCUACAACCCAAAUUACCCCAAAUAUCUUAACUAUGGUGGAAUUGGUAUGGUGAUUGGUCACGAGGUCACUCAUGGAUUCGACGACAAUGGUAACGAAUUUAAUUUCUUUACUAUUUUCCAUAUCCAGAUAGACGGCAACCAGACGCUGAACGAAAACAUAGCUGACAACGGCGGACUCAAACUGGCUUUUAAAGCUUACAAAUCGUUGGUCGCAAAAGAGGGCACUGAGGGCACCCUCCCUGGGCUUGGUUUAACUGAAGAGCAACUGUUCUUUAUUGGAUUUGCACAGCCAUGGUGCAGUAUUUACAAGAAAAAGGCAGCCCUUCUCCAGCUUCAAACAGACUCCCACACGUUCCCCAAGUACAGGAUCUUUGGUCCUUUGCACAACUACGAUAAAUUCGCAGAGGCAUACAAGUGUAAAGCAGGAUCUCCUAUGAACCCUGCAAAAAAGUGUACUCUUUGGUGAUUCAAAGUUUCUGGAUAGGUGCAUUUAUCACGAGAUGACUUUCCCCCAAGUCCAAAGAUAAAUAUCAUUGGAGAAAGAGUAAAGCUCAGUCAGUGGUCAGUCCGUAUGAUUCUCCAAGUAUUCCCUUAAUGAUAGAUCCACGAAAUGUUCUGAAAUUAAUUUCUAACAAGAUGUAAUUUUUUUUCCUAAGCCGGAUUCAGUUCAGAGAUAUAGUUUUUUUAAUUGAGAGUUAUUUCGAUUAUGCGCGAAAUAGUUUUCUAAUUAGUUAGGUUCGUUUGUAUUUAAACAGAUACCGUAGAGGUUGUUUUAAUAAUUUUGAAUUUGAUUAAAAAACUGUUGCCUUGUUCUAUA